CAGAGCUCCAUUUGCCUGCUUCAGCUCCAGCCCCUGCUCCUCAGCUGACAUGAAGUUCUCUGUGGUUGCCCUCGCCGUCCUCGUUGCCGCCUUCUGCUACCAGACCUCUGCCUCGCCAAUUGGGUCCGACCCACCCACCUCCUGCUGCUUCAGCUACACCUCCCGACAGCUGCCCCGCAGCUUCGUGGUGGAGUACUAUGAGACCAACAGCCAGUGCUCCCAGCCCGCUGUCGUGUUUGUCACGAGGAAGGGCCGUGAAGUGUGUGCUGACCCUGAGCAGAGCUGGGUCCAGCAGUACGUCAGUGACCUGGAGCUGAACUGAGGUGCCAGCACCCACCCUGCUGCCCUGGGGCAGGACAGGCAACCUGCCAAUUAGGAAAGUCAGAAUGUUCCAUAAUUUGACUCCAGUGUUUUGCUAUUUAAUUUUCACAGGGGAGGGAUCAGGUGCAAUAACUCCACUCUAGACAAAUGAGAAUAUUAUUUAAUAGAUAUAUAUUUUUUUAAAUCCAGACUCAAGCUCGGGUUAUAUUUUCUGUAUUUAAUUAAUUGUAAUUUUUAUGUCAUAUUUAAUUUAAAUUUCAAUAAAUAAGUAUUUUUG